AAUCUUUCAGGCUUUAGGUUUUGUUGGCCUGGGAGUCCAGAGGACUUGGAGGAAAAACAGAAGCCAAAUGGGUCAACCCUGGAUUGCUUAUCCAAAGUGUUAAGUAAAAAGACUCUUCAUUCCUUCCUCAAAUUGCUUUGACUCCAGUCCUGCAAGAAAGUAGAAGUGAGAGCAGCCCUGUGAAGCUAAUGUUUCUGGCACGUCAACGAGGAUGUUGGUGUUUCAUUUGUCAGUGAUGAUCGAGCUUUUCUUCCAGUUGGAUGCAUCUGUUUGUCCUGAAAAGUGUGACUGCUCUUCGAAAAACGCAAUUCAUUGCUCUGGUCCCCACAUAAAAGACCUGGAGUUGUUAAAUCUGCCUUGCAACAUGACGGCGAUUCACAUAACGGACACUAAUGUGACGUACUUACGGGAUGUUUUUUCUAGGAUGGUGGAACUGCAGCAUCUCAUCUUGUCUUCAAACAACAUUUCUCUGAUUUCACCAAUGGCUUUUAAAGGCUUGAGAAGGCUAAAAGCCCUCAUAUUGCUGGAUAAUAAGCUGGUUGAACUUCCCCCAGAAGUGUUUGAUGACAUGGUACAGCUUCAGCAAUUGAUCAUUGAAAAUAACAGGUUGAAAUCCAUCGAAGAAAAUCUGUUUGACAGACUGGCUAGUUUGGAGGAGCUUUUCUUGAACAAAAACCAACUCACAGCACUUCCAACUGGUGUCCUGAAGAAACUUGCCAAACUCAAAGUACUGAAUUUGUCGAGAAAUUGUUUGGCAGUGCUGCCUAGAAAUAUAUUUAGUGCAUUAACCAGGCUUGAGAAGCUGAUUCUGUAUUUUAACAAGCUGUCUUCAGUAGAGUCUGGUUUGUUUGAUAGCCUGAGGGAGCUGCUGGAACUCUUCCUGCAUUCCAAUAACAUCCAGUCCAUUGCUCCUGAUGCAUUUCAUUGUCUUCAGAAACUGAGAAUCCUGACGCUCUCCAGAAACAAGCUUGAGGUUUUGCCUCCUGGGCUUUUUCUGCACUUGCAUGACCUGUCUAAAUUGACCUUGUACAAGAACCCCCUCAAGUCUCUUCCAGAAGUAUUGUUUGGAGAAAUGAGGCAUCUUGGUAGCCUGUGGCUGUAUCACACAAAGCUCUCGACAAUACCAGAUCUUGUGUUCAGUAACUUGACAAAUUUAAAGCUUCUUGUGCUGAGUUUUAAUCCAGAGCUUAGUGUUCUUCCUAAGAACGUAUUCAGUGGUCUGAAUGAACUGCGGGGCCUUUCUCUGCAUACAAAUAAUAUUUCCAGUCUGCCAGAGGGCAUCUUCCAGAGCCUUCAGAAACUGCAGAACAUUUCCCUGUUCAAUUCCAGGCUUGAGGCUCUCCCUAGAAACCUCUUCCACAAUCUCAAGCACCUUCAGAAAGUUUACCUCAAUAGCACUAAGCUGCAGUCUCUUCCUGGAGAAAUCUUUACUGCUUUACCUGAGCUGCAAGACGUUUUCCUUGAUGGCAACCCUUGGAAAUGCGAUUGCCAAAUUCUUGGCUUCCAAGAGUGGCUCCAGAAGAGCAGGGAGAUAGUUAGAAAUGUGCCAUCUCUGAUGUGUGACAGCCCGCUGGCCCUGCAGAAUGUUUCUCUUGUGGCUCUAACAGAUGAUCACCUGAAGUGCCUGCCAGCCACAGCCAUUACAGACCAGGUGUUCAGCUCAACUUACUCCCCGGCUUCAACUUCUCUUGUGACGGAGCACUUGACAUCAUCUCGGGAGACUGCUGUAACUGCAGUGUCUGACCUGGACACCAGCACACCCACAUCAGCGCCUCUUGCAGCUCCAGGUUUUACCUACUCACAUGUUGAAGAUGUUGGACGGCCUUGGUUUCAUGUCUCAGCUCUUCCAACCCGAGCUUCUCCCAGCGUUGUAAUAGAGACUGACAGUGUCAGAGGAACAGAUUUAACGACUCUUGCCUGGUGGGAUGAGCUGCCAGCCCGCAGGAGUGCCAAGCCCUAUUUUAAUACCAGAGUUGCUUAUUGUCAGCUAUUCUUGUGCCUUCACACUUUGAUUUUAGUGCUCCAGACUGUAACCAUUGUGCUCAGUCUGUAUGUGGUGGGUAAAACCAGGCAGCUCUUGCACUCCCGAAAUACUCUUACUCAGCCUGUGGUUCUGAUAAAAUUUUUGAGAAGGUAGAGGUUACCAGUCAGAGAGAGGAUUAGAAGCACUGUUUUGGAUGCAUUUUGAGUAUUUGGGCAGUUCAAACUUGAUUCUGAUGUGGAUUACAAAUCUUCAUAGCAAGAACCAUAAAGACCUUGUUUUCACAGCAUCAUGAAAAUGUACUUUUAUGUACCUUACAGGGUUUGCCAAAAGUAAUCACUGUGCAUUGCUACAGCGCUCGGUGCGCGAACUCAGAGGGAGAGCUGAAAGAAAACCUGUGGUCACCUCUGUGUGUGGUACUGGUUUCCAGCUGUGGGUUGCGGGCCUGUCCCUGCCAGACACCCGCCUGCUCUCAGAGGGACGUGGCUUCAACCGUGCUUUAAAGGUUGGUCAUGGUACUCCAAGUGCCUUAUACCACCUGCAGUAUUUUGUCUCCUUGUUGAGAAAAGAAAUAGUGUUUUGAAGGGGAGAUGCUGGAAAAGACCUUUUCAAAAUAGAGGUGGGGGCAGAGCGAUAUGGUGCAAAUGUCUUAGUUUUUGUUUUCUGUCCUCAGCCCCUUCCCCGGGUAUGGCAGGAGGAAGGGGUACCAUUUAAAGCUAGCAGUACUUUAGCUUAGCCAGAGGAAGAUAAAUAAGAUGCCGGGCUUGGAAGUAUAAUCUUGAGGUAUUUUGUUGUUUGUUUGUUUUUGGAAACUUUGUAACAUUUACUACAAGUAUAUAUUUUAAGUAAACACUUUCAUCCUCA